CGGGCAUCAUUAUUCGUCACCUGCAUCAUCGACCAACUGUUUCCUGAGGUGGGCGCCAGUGUGGUGCGAGUAUUACGUCGGCACGGUAUCGGCGUAGAUUUCCCGCCCGGGCAGACCUGCUGCGGCCAACCCCUGUAUAACGCAGGUUUCGCUGAAGAAGCGAAAAAACUGGCGGUUCGCGUUCUGGACUCGUUUGCAGAUUGCGAGUUUGUAGUGGUGCCAUCAGGGUCGUGCGGCGCGAUGAUGCGCGUUUUCUACUUGGACCUGUUCGCCGAUGACCCGGAUUUGCUCCGUCGUGCCGAAGCAAUGUCGAAAAAGGUCUACGAAUUCACUGAAUUCCUGGUCGACGUGCAAGGAACGCAGGGAAUUAUUACUCCGCCCGGCGCCGAAACGUGCAAUGUGGCGUAUCACCCAUCGUGCCAUCUGCUGCGGGAGAUGCAAGUAGGCAACGCACCGACAGCUCUGCUCGAAUCCCUGGAACACACGUCGAUGGUGGAGUUGCCCAACGCUGAACAGUGCUGCGGAUUCGGUGGCGCGUUCGCCGUGAAGUAUCCCCACAUUUCCGAGGCGAUGCUGGACGACAAGGUCUCAGCCAUCGUUGAAAGCGGCGCCGACACGAUUACGGCCUGCGACAUGGGUUGUUUAAUGCACAUUGGUGGUGCGAUCAGCCGACGUCAGUUGCCGGUCAGGGUUCGCCACAUUGCUCAAAUGCUUGACACGGGAGUGCAACCGAACGAUGGCUGA